AUGGUGGUGCCGCUGUUCGUGGAGCUGAAGAAGCAGGCGUCCUUCUUCUUGAGGGAGAAGAUCAGGAUCGCCCGGCUGGUCCUCACAGAUGUCACCCCCACUCAGCUGUAGCCUCCGACUUCCUCCUCCCGCUGGAUCGAUCCGGUGAUCUUUUAGCCAAGGAUUUUUUUGACGUUGCCUGUGAUAUGAUUUCACCAGGUUGGCGGAGGAGGUGACGGAGGGGAAUCCCGCGGCGCCGGACACCCGCACGAUGGGCAAGAUAUCCAGAGCAGCCUUCGAGCUCGAGGAUUAUUGGAGGAUCGUCGACAUUCUCCACGCGAGGUAAGCCUGAGCCUCCUCUGGCCUGAUCUGAUCUGAUAUGUUCUCCUUCCCCCCCAAAACACAUACACACCGCACUGUCGCCUGUGUUCCCUGAAAUGAAAGAUGGAUCGGAAGAAUGGUCAUGCUGGUGCUCUGUGAUGGUGAUGAUCGCGGAGAAUUCUGCAGGUUGGGAAGAUUCGAUAGGGCGCACUGGAGGGAGGCGUACAAUUCGCUGAUACUGCUGGAGCACCUCUUGACGCACGGGCCGGCCAGCAUCGCCGAGGAGUUCCAGUCGGACACAGUCGCCAUCACGGAGAUCCAGAGCUUCGAGCACGUCGACGAGAGAGGGUGCGUCGCGCUGAUCUUCGACUCCAUGGUUGGUUGUCCUCGGGAUUCUGCCGCUGAUUUUCCGGAUCUGUUGGGAUUCAUUCACCGGCAGGUUCAACUGGGGGCUGGCCGUGAGGAACAAAUCGGAGAGGGUGCUGAAGCUGCUGGAGAAGGGGCCUCUCCUCCGCGAGGAGAGGGACCGAGCCCGCAAGCUCUCUCGCGGGAUCCAAGGUUUCGGGAGAUUCGAUCGCAUAUCGUCAGCUCCAAUAGAUUCCAGCGAGUGGCGGAUGCCGCCGGAAUCUUGCCGGCGGAGCAACUCCCUGCUCGUCGAACCAGCCGGGAAGAUCGACCAGAAGGAGAACGCAAACCCAUCGGCCGAAGCGCAGAUCGGCAAGAGACCGGAAGCUAAGGCGAAGCCAUUCUUCCCCGGGAAGGAGAACGACGUCGGGAAGAUCAUUCUGAACGGCAGCAAGGAAAGCGCAAUCUCCGGCCGAGGCGCUCCCUUGGAAGAAUCCCGGCCACUCCUCCGCCACCGCGGCGGCGGCGGCGUGGCGGAGCCUCGGCGAGGCGACCACCCCUUCAGCUUCGUGGAGAACCAUCGUGGAACGGAGUCGCUGAUCUUCGGCCAAACCUAG